GUGACUGAUGGGUGCCCCUCUGGCUGGCUGGAAACGAGCGCAGUGGGCCCCGCCCACACAGCGCGAGCUCCUCUGUCUAUCUGCUACUGACAGCUAACACCAAACCACUUCAGCUAGCUAGCUCACAAGUUCUUGUGAGUGUGUGUCCUCCAGGCUGUGAUGGCAGCAGGCGGACCCCCGGGGCCAAGGGCCCCUGACUGUGUGACCAAGGUGGCACUGAGCAUCUCCUGUGACAAUCUGCUGGACAUGGAUGCCUUCUCAAAGUCUGACCCUCUGUGUGUGCUUCACAUGAACAGUUCAGGGCCUCACUGGUGUGAGAUCGGCCGGACGGAGAAUAUCCAGAACUGCCUUAAUCCCAAAUUUUCCAAGACUUUUGUCAUUGACUACUACUUUGAGAUGGUGCAGAAACUGAAGUUCGAAGUGUACGACAUUGACAGCGAAAACGGCAGUCUGCAAGAUGCUGACUUCCUGGGAGAACUGGAGUGUACCUUGGGACAGGUUGUGUCCUCAAGGAAACUCACAAGACCGCUUGUCAUGAAGAACAAGACACCUGCAGGGAAGGGAACCAUCUCUAUAUGUGCUGAAGAAAGAACAGACAACAGGGUGGUGGAAUUUGAAGCUGCGGGAAGAAAACUGGAUAAAAAGGAUUUCUUUGGCAAGUCCGACCCGUUCCUGGAAUUCUACAAGCAGGCAGAGACUGGAUGGCAGCUCGCUCACCGGACAGAGGUGGUGAAAAACAACCUAAACCCAAUAUGGAGACCAUUCAGAAUCCCACUGCAGUCGCUCUGUGGAGGUGAUGUGGAGAAAUCUAUAAAGGUAGAGUGUUAUGACUACAACAACAGUGGAUCUCACGACUUUAUCGGCUCAUUUGAGACCACACUCUCCCAAAUACAGCAGGCAUCACAAACAUAUGCGGCUGAGUUUCAAUGCAUCAAUAGCAAGAAGAAACAGAAGAAGAAAGGAUACAAAAACUCUGGUGUUAUCGUUGUAACGCAGUGCAAGAUAGUGAAGGAUUACACGUUUCUGGAUUACAUAAUGGGCGGCUGUCAGAUUAACUUCACCAUUGCCAUCGACUUCACAGGCUCUAACGGGAACCCCAGCUCUCCUCAAUCCCUCCACUAUAUCAACCCCGGAGGCUACAAUGAGUACCUGGCUGCUAUCUGGACAGUGGGGAAUGUCAUCCAGGACUAUGACAGUGACAAGAUGUUCCCUGCGUUUGGAUUUGGAGCCCAGAUCCCUCCUUCGUGGCAGGUCAGCCACGAGUUUCCCAUCAACUUCAACCCAUCAGAUCCGUUUUGUGCAGGUAUAGAGGGUGUGGUCCAGGCCUACCAGAAGUGUCUGCCCCAGGUGAAGCUUUACGGCCCCACAAACUUUUCCCCGAUCAUCAACCACGUAGCCCAGUUUGGAAUGCAAGCCAUGCAGCAGAAAACUGCCUCUCAAUACUUUGUUCUGCUGAUCAUCACUGACGGAGUGAUCACUGACAUGGAUCAGACUCGCAGCGCCAUCGUCAACGCCUCUCGCCUGCCCAUGUCCAUCAUCAUCGUCGGAGUGGGCGGGGCCGACUUCAGUGCCAUGGAGUUCCUGGACGGAGACGAUGGGAAUCUACGCUCUGCUGCGGGCGAGGCUGCCAUGCGGGACAUCGUGCAGUUCGUGCCAUUCAGGCAGUUCCAAAAUGGUCCUCAAGAACUGCUCGCUCAGAGCGUCUUGGCAGAAGUCCCGGGUCAGGUGACGAGCUUCUUCAACACUGUGAGUCUGAAGCCCCCCCACGGCGACACGCUCCCUGACCUCUCAGCAUCAGCACCCCCCCAGUGACCAACUUCUCCCCUCAGGAUACCACAUGAGCAUGCAGCAUCCAGUCUGGCAGUCAUGCUACGACUUGUAAAUACUAUGCAACAGUAGUAUAAAGCCAUAGUACACAGAUAUUGUGUACAUUUUCUAACAUUUACUAACAUGUACUUAACUUAAACAUUUAUUGUGAGACUUCUAUGUGACUCAAGUGCCAGGAUUGUUAAUUGUUUGAUUGAUCUGCAUUGAUUUCAACUAAUGUGACUUGAUUUAAGGUCCUUGGUCCAACCAUCUCAUCAGUCUGUCUGAACGUGUACAUGAAAGGGCUGGAGUACUUAAUGUGUUCUCCGUGCUUAUGCUUGUAUUUCCUCCAGAUCGACAUAUUAUAUAAUAACCACCUGUAUGUUGCUUCUCACACUUUAAUGUUUCCUUUGAAAUCAUGGAUUUUUUGGACAGAUCAAAAUAUAUACUGUAUAUCAAAUACAAUUCAGUAAUGUUUACAUAAUGGAUGAAUAAGUUUGCCUAAAUUCUUAACUUUUGUAGGUUUUACGCUACCAAAACAAUUCUUUUGUACACUUGCUGUUUUGUAUGUCAGUCUGUUUUUUAAAAAUUCUGUUCCACCAUUUGAUGCUAACAUAUUGUUUGAGUGUUAACAAUGAGAAUCCCUAGAAGUGAUUGAUUACAUCAGUAAGGUUCAUGCAUGCAGCUAUAAUGCAUGUUUGCACCGAUGUACAUUAGAAGUUCACUCCAUCUUAAGAGAUCGUAAAACUUAUCACUUUACUGACUGUCAGGAAAAUGGCCUAAUACAUUUCAAUAAGUGUACAUGUAUAUUUAAUAUGCACUGAUCACUGUGCCAUUGCCUUAAUAUACUUUGUCAUUGAAUUUGUUUUAUUGAUAUUUUAUGUAAAUAUAUGCAAUGCAAGAAACAAAACAAAAUGUAAGUCAACCUACAAAAUAGCCAGCUUCUAUUUCAGUAUUUUUUAAAUAAAGAUAUUAGAUCAUUUAAAAA